AUGAGCGCCGCAGGCCCUCAAAAUAGCAUCGUGCUCUGGGUCGCUGUGCUGCUCGCGGCCUGGUGCACCUUUGCUAUGGGCGGCGUUGUGUUUGGCGUCAGCGCCUUGUUUCCCGCGCUCUAUGCGCAGAACUACAAGAGCUCGGCUUGCUCGGCCCGGUGCUCCGCCAGUGCGGCGACCAGCGCUGCCGCAGUCGGGAGCUGGCCGGCGACGACCAAGCGGCGGCUGGCUGAGGCUGGCGAGUUCCUCAGCGGCAGCAGAGGCACGCUGCUGGAGGUGGCUGCUUCGGCCGUCCUCCGCGGGCGCUCGCUGCACGAGGGCUCGUUCUUCGACAGGCUCUCGGGCAAGGCGGAGCACAGUAAAGCGGAGCACAGUCCCGGCGAGAGCAAGCCCGAGUCGCGGAACAGGCACGACGCGCCGCACCGGCGCGAGCUCCCUCCCCCGCAGCCGCACGCGCACUCGUGCUCCGACCCCUGCCCGCUCGGCGUCGAGACAAAGUGCUGCGACCACCAGUUCGUGGCGUUCAGCCUCGCCGCCUCGCUCGCCUUCUUCCUCGUCGACGCCGCCGCGGCGCCGUGGGGAGAGCUCGCCGACCGGCGCGGAGGCAAGCUCACCCUCGCGUGGGCAUCGCUGCUCAGCAUCGCCGGCUUUGCCGCCCUCGCGGGCGGGGCGUACCUGCUCGACGACGCGAUUGUGACCGCCGGGCUGCUCGCGCUGGGCUGCGCCGGGCCCGGCGUCUUCAACGGCGCCUUCUACGGCACGCUCGAGCUGAUCGGCACCGGCGAGCCGAAGAUCCGUGCGGCGCUCACCUCGCUCAACGCGGCCGCCUUCGACGGCUCCGCCCUCGUCUUCAUGCUGCUCCGCGUCGCGGCGAGGGCGGCGCGUGUCGGGCUCGCCGCACCGUGCCUCGCUUGGGCCGCGCUGUGCGCGCCGCUGUGUGCGCACGGCUCGCUGCUCGCUCAGCCGGCGGCCGCCGCGUCGGAGCAGGUCGGGAUGCUGCAGGCGGCGGUAGAGGGGGAGAGCAAGAGCGAGGUGGGGGAGGAUGCGGGUGACGAGUCGGAGACCAAGAGCGACGUCGCUUUGCCGCUCAGCGCGCGGUGGAAGCGGGAGGAGGAGGCGGCGCGCUUGCGCAAGCUGGCCGUCGAGGCGGUGUACCACCUGGUCUCCAACUUUUACCUGGAGACGCAGAUCGACCAGCUCGAGGAGCUCUUCGGCGAGCCGCACGCCGAGCCGGCUCUCCCCUCCAGGACGCGAGCGGGGCACGCCGAGUGGCUCUCCUCCGCCUUCAACUUCGCCUUCCCGCUCGGAGGCCUGCUCGCUUCGGUGCCUGUCGCCAGCCUGCUCGAGCGCGCGGGCGAGGCCGAGUACUUUGGCAUUGCGACGCUUCUCGCAAACACCUUCUCGCUCUGCUCCCUCUCCUCCUCGCGGCAGCCGCAGCUCGCCGCCGCGCUGCUCUUCGGGCCGGUGCGCUGCCUCACCUGGGCGUGCUACUUCCAGUUCCUCUCCACCGAGUCGCGCUACCCGCCCGGCCUCUCCGCGCGCGCGAUGGGCUACAACAACGUCGUCAUCGCCAUCGUGGGCGCCGCCGGCCCGUACACGCUCGCCUACCUCGUCAACGAGCGGGCGCUGCUCGGCGGCGCCUCGAUGGGUAUGGGCAAGGGGCGGGGCGACAGCCGCUACCUGCAGGCCAAGCUCUUCCUCCAGCUCUGCAACACGCUCAUUGCCAUCUUCCCGUGCCUGCUGUGGCGCGAGCGGCGCCGGAAGCAGGCGGGGGCUGCACACUCGGGCUGAGAGAGAGAGAGCGUGUGUGAGUUUUGCGACGAUACUCUCUCACGUCUCACUCUUGUCGGGCCGUAUACGUGUCGUGUUCGGAGUUCGCAUUAUUUUCGGCUCCUUAUCGCGU